UUACCGCCCAGCCCGGCUCCGAGGGAGCAUCGCUCCGUCCCUGCCGCCGCCCAGCACCGUCCUGGAUCGGGGCCCGGGGCCAGCUGAGCACGCAGGUCUCUGGACAAAAUGGGGAAUAGAUUAGUGAAACCCAAGCAUCUGAGGCAGUCAGACAGACACGUAGCAAACCUCGCUAUUGGCUGUGCUGCCAACCAUAAGUUUUUGAUGGACCCAUGCCUAGGCAUCAGUGUGAUCAGUGGGCAAGCUGAUGUUCUUUGCAGCAAGAUACUUGAACUGGAAAAGGAGCUGAAGAGAAAAGACCAAGAGUUGCAAGACAGUCAAAGUCAUGUUGCUGAGCUUCAGGAACAGCUGGCUAUGCAGACUAAGGUCAUAGCAGAACUCACCAAGGAACUUCAGAGCAAGUGUACACAGUUGAACAAGCUCCAGGAUGUUGUUAGCACUCAAGGAGAGCUCUCUCUUCAGCCUUCUCCGUUGAAAGUUUCUGCUAAUAGGAGGAGAGGAGCCAAGGAAGGUGUAUCUGCAGAGCCGACAACACGGCUGUACGAUUUGAGCAGGAAAGCCAUGUUUUCCCUUGAAAAAGCAACGGUCCGAAAGGAUUCCAGUGAGAAGAAGCUUAUCACGGAUGCCCUGAAUAGAAAUCAGUUCUUGAAGAGACUGGAGCCUCACCAGACACGAGAUAUGGUGGAAUGUAUGUAUGAAAGGACUUUUCAGCAAGGCAGCUACAUCAUCAGACAGGGAGAACCGGGCAAUCACAUUUUUGUGCUCAAAGAGGGCAGUCUGGAAGUCUUUCAGCAGAAUAAGCUACUAUCCUCAAUACCUGUGUGGACAGCAUUUGGUGAACUAGCCAUUUUAUACAACUGCACACGGACAGCUUCUGUGAAAGCAAUCAGUAAUGUUAAAACAUGGGCAUUGGACAGAGAAGUGUUUCAAAAUAUCAUGAGAGUGACAGCACAAACAAGACAAGAGCAAUACAGAAACUUCCUUAGAAGUGUGUCCCUGCUGAAAAACUUACCUGAAGAUAAAUUAACCAAGAUCAUGGACUGCCUGGAGGUGGAGUACUAUAACAAGGGAGAUUAUGUUAUUCGGGAAGGAGAAGAGGGAAAUACCUUCUUCAUAAUAGCAAAAGGAAAGGUGAUAGUUACCCAAAGUACAGCAGAUCAUUCACAGCCUCAGCUGAUUAAAAAUCUGCAUAAAGGGGAUUACUUUGGAGAAAAGGCUCUUAUUAGUGACGACGUCAGAUCAGCAAACGUUAUUGCAGAUGAAUACAACGUGGAGUGCCUCGUUAUAGACAGAGAGACCUUUAAUCAAACCGUUGGAACUUAUGAGGAGCUCCAAACUUACCUUGAAGGUUAUGUGGCUGAUCUGGCCCAGGCUGAUGAAAAGCGACAUGCAAAAGGGAGAUCCUUCUGUGGACAGCUGACCAAAGAGGUGUCUUUGGAGAUGAUAGAGCUGCAGGAGAAAGUAGCCCAGUUCCCUCCUUCCCCAUUCAAGAAUUUAGAAGUUGUCACAACUCUGGGUGUUGGUGGGUUCGGAAGGGUUGAGCUUGUUAAAGUGAAAAAUGAGAACAUGGCUUUUGCUAUGAAGUGUAUAAAGAAGAAACAUGUAGUGGACACCAAACAACAAGAGCAUAUCUAUUCUGAAAAGAAAAUCCUUGAGCAGAUAUGUUCUCCAUUCGUUGUAAAACUAUAUCGCACAUUCAAAGAUAAUAAGUAUGUAUACAUGCUUCUGGAGGCUUGCCUUGGAGGGGAAUUGUGGAGCUUGCUGAGAGACAGAGGCAGCUUUGAUGAAUUCACCACCAAGUUCUGUGUUGGGUGUGUGACAGAGGCUUUUGACUAUCUACAUCACAUAGGAAUAAUCUACAGAGACCUGAAGCCAGAAAACUUAAUUUUGGAUGCCGAAGGAUAUAUAAAACUGGUUGACUUUGGAUUUGCAAAGAAGAUUGGAUCAGGGCAGAAAACCUGGACGUUUUGUGGAACCCCUGAGUAUGUUGCUCCUGAAGUCAUUCUGAGUAAAGGCCAUGACUUCAGUGUGGAUUUUUGGUCCCUUGGGAUUCUUGUGUAUGAACUCCUUACUGGAAGUCCGCCAUUCUCUGGGGCUGAUCAAAUGAUGACGUAUAAUUUGAUUCUCAAAGGCAUUGAAAAGCUGGAUUUUCCUAAAACAAUAACAAGGCGGCCUGAGGAUUUGAUCCGCAGACUCUGCAGGCAAAACCCUACAGAAAGAUUAGGCAAUUUGAGAAAUGGAAUUAAUGACAUCAAGAAGCACAGGUGGUUGAGUGGUUUUAACUGGGAUAGUCUGAAAGUGAGGAAAUUAACAUCACCUUUAAAAAGAGAGUUGUCUGGACCAACUGAUUACAGCUACUUUGACAGCUAUCCACCUGAAGAGGGAACCCCUCCAGAUGAACUUUCAGGCUGGGACAAGGAUUUCUGAUAGUCGUUUCUUCUGGGACAUGUAUAGAGACUCAUAGGCUUCAGUUCUAAACCCGCUGUCUUGUUUCUUGCUACAAACUACACAGUUCUCCUUGAAGAAUUGAAGACCGUACAGCAACCAGAGCUUGUUUGGACAAUGCACCAAAAUCUGUGUCCAUUUCUUUAUAACAAGGGCAUGCAUUCAGUCAACAGACGUAGCCUGAAUGUGUCUUGAUACACAGUGUCUCUACGAAUAUUUUCAGACACUACGGGUCGGAUUUAUGGUUUUGCCAUUAGAAAUGUCAGUAGCUAAUACUUUGAUGUUAAUGUGGUUACCAUAUGUCUUUAUUUUGGAUGGAGAGGAUUGGAAGCCAACAACUCUGUGGCAUUUGUCAGCUGACAACUAUAGGCACUUAUUUUUCAUUUUAUAUAAAGUCUGCUGUGUUUCACUUUUUCCCCAUAAUGUCCACUAUUGCAUUAAUACAGAAAUGUGUAUAAAAGAGACUUUUACUGAAAGGUUGAUUUGAUCUGAUGCUGCAGCUAAAAGGGUAUCACUGUGGAAGCUGCCUCUCUGUCCGUUGAGUUUCGCAACAGGCUGAAUAUAUGACACAGGUCAAAUGAAAAUCCAGUAGGAAACAAGGUAUAUACAUAAUAGAAGUUGCCUAAAGAAGCAGACUAUGGUGUGCAUUUCCCUUACUUCUUCAAAGAGCCAUGUCUAUUUCUUAAAAUGUUUUGCUUUUAUGUAGUGAGAAGAUAAAAUAGAUGGACAAAAAGCAUUUACCUUGCAGGGAAAAAAAAUGCAGUUGGAUGUUGUGCAUUCAUGGUUUAUAUAGAAAAAUUCUGUUGCUCUCUGUUAAGAACCACAACUGCUGUUGAAACAGGGAUCUUCAUGGUUGUCCUGCUGGGCUUAUGGGAUUGAUGAGUCUGCAACCCUUGCUAGGACUUGUUUCAGCUCCCACAGAGAUGAAGUCCAAUCUAAAUUUCAAUACUGAAGCUCCCACAGCUCACUGCAUUUCACGUGCUGGGUGGAAAACCUCCCAGGAAACUUGUACUAUGUGCUCAGGAUUUAGUUACUGCUGGAUAGUCUUCCUAGCUGCUGCUGGUCAUGACUUUUCCACCGGGUGAGGGAGGGACUGCCACAGGGGCAGUUCCAUGGUUUGUUACAUGGUUAUAAUUAUCUUUUACUGCUGAGUGGCCAUUGCUUUGACAGCAAAUCAAUUUAAAUAUUUUGUAUAACCUUCAGUCCGAAUAAGGCAGUAGAACAUUUUCCAUUGAAUUUAAUGAAGGUUGGAUUGAGCCCUUGAAAGAAGACACUACAUGUUCGGCUGGUUUUGUUUCCCUGCUUGUUUGCAAAUUAUUAUGGAAACUUUCAGCCAGCAAAGCCUGUGCAAAAUGGUGGUCAGCACACACAGUCAGAGAGGAUGGAACAGAGUCUGUAAGCUGGGACUGUAGAUGCUUUCCACUAGCUCUGUUUAGCAAUACCAAAGACCAGAUUUUCUUUUCAGGAUUUAGACAAACACUAAAAGUUAGGUAUUUAUGUUUCUCUGUGCAUUUUUCUUUCUCUCAUAAGUAUUUUUUAUUACAGUCAAAAUAAUAUUGCACCAAGUUUUAUAAAACCUUUUGAAUGUAUUUUUCCAUUGUACUUACAGGUAGUUUCCUUAUAUAUAUAUAUGUAUAUAAAAAUAAUAAUGGUGCAUAUAUAUAUAUAUGUUUUUUAAGUGAAGAAAGAGCUGUAUGGUAAGUUUAGUGCAGUUAGCAUUAAGUCUGUGCAGCUGUAGGAUAUAUUUUCUUUAUAAAGUUUAACUUAUCUUGUUUAUUUGUGUGCAAAUAAAGUAAGAUUACAGUGUAAUGGGCAGGACAUUAAUAUUUUAGAAGCGCAUUCCAUACAGCAGUCCAGAUUCAUAAGCUUGAUUUAUACUUCUUGUCUAUGUGAUUCAGAAGAGACUGAGGCAGAAAAGACUGCCCUGGAGGGGCAUCAGAUGUCAUUUCUUGCAGCCUGUCCCUCACUCACAUUAUGUUUUCCCUAGUGGGUGCUGAGAAAACGAAUGCAUAAGAAGCUACAAUAAAUGAGGUCACAGAUCAUUUUGUGCUUAUGUAGAGUACCCAUAUACAUUUGAUUAUUUUAUUUCUGGCACAUAUACAGUUGACUGAGCUGAAGUUUUCCAGAAACAAGCAGCAGCUGAUACAGUAAACAUUACUUGAACUAACGCCAAAUGUCUUUGACAGACAGAUGUACUUCAGACUUCAACAUGGCACCAGUGGAGUUAUGCUGAUGUGAAACAAGCGGAUAAAUGAGUGAUUCAGGCUCAAGUAGCUUCACAGUGCAGGAGAUCAUGGGGAAAUUGAAUGGACAGUCAUGACGAUGAUCAGAUUAUGCUUAUUGUUGCCUUUUCUAAUUUAACAUCAUUGAAUAACAGAUUUUGACAUUCAGGUUUUGAUCAUGCUGUGGAUAUGUUAGUAACUGUCUGAGUUCUGUCCUUGGUGUUCUUAUCUGUGCUUUGCCUUCCUGUCUUGUCAGCUUUGCUUUUAUUGUGUGGCUCCCUGAGAAACCCAGCUGUAGCUAUGCUUUUUAACCUGUACUUCUGCCACAAGAGAACAUGCCUCAGGAGGCAGAAAGGAUGAUGUUUCUUCCUGACAGAGGGCAGAGAUGAGGAGCAGUUAGCCUGGGCUGGGUAGAUCAAAGUGCCUUCCCCCAGCUACCACAUCAGAGUGGAGAUGCAGGUGAACACUUGAGAGAGACUUGUAGGCAGGAGCAGAAGCACAGUGAGAGACAAAAGUCCCAGGCAUGUGAUAAUUCUAGCCAGUUUUUAGUGCAAAUGAUUAAUUUUCUCCAUGUCCUCACAGCUGCCUCUUCAGGCUUUGAGAAGAGUGAGGUUGGCCACCCCGAUGCCUGAAUGCAUCACCUCUUAAUAGAAAGGGGAAGAAGUAACCUCAGUGCCACAAAUGUUUGCAUUUGAUCAUAGAAGGGACUGUGGAGAGGAUGUUAGAGAGUGUAAGCCUGUAAGAUUUUUGUGUUUAAUGAGAAGAAAUAGCUGUCCUGAUAUUUAGGGAGCCUCCAUGAUUUUAGGCAGGACUUAACAGGUCUUACUUGCAAUGAAAAGCAUCUGAGAUCCCUUUCUCUUCCCACUACUCAACUGGCUACCUCUGAACAGACACAGCUUUCCCCUGCUAUGGUCCCCAGGGGCCUUGUGCUGUAAUGGCAAGAAGAAUGUUUUAUCUUUAUUUGACAAAAUCCUGGGAGAUUCAAGUCCCCUGAUGGUUUUAAAGCCCCUCCAGCGAGCUGUGUGUAGCUUUGGGUUUUGACACCUUUGACAGUUUCACAAUUUGGCUUCCUCAAGAUUGCGUAGAAAGUGUGGGAAACAAGCAACCAUUAAAGUCAGCUUUCCCAACUGUAGUGUAGCACACUGUCCUAAAUUCAUCCUCCCCUCCCACUGUUUGCAAGGCAGCACAAGACUGAUGCUCUUUAUCUCUUAAGUUCCUUGUGCCUGAAUGUUGUAGCAGCAGUAAAAUUGGUAAUUCCUCCCAAAAGUGGAAAGCAAGGAGGAGGUUCUGCAGAGAGCAGAUGUGAAGAUGUGAAAUUAAAUGCAUCCAUAAUCAUGCAGAGCUGCAACCUGUCUUCCUCAAACCUUUAUGUUCCUGUGGCUUUGGGAACCUGGGACACCUCCAGGCGAGACGGCAGGGUGUUACUUUGAGACCCAACACAGAUUUAUUCAGUAGGCUGGACCAGCAGGGAAUGAUCAAGCAGUCAGAAGCAUCUUUUCCCCUUGUGAGUCAGUCUCUGCUCUUGUCACUGUCUUGUAAUCAAAGGCAAUUGUGUGCAAGACGAUGCCAGACAGGGAGUUACAAGUUCAAAGCAAACAGAGUUGAACAGCAGGCACAGAAAAGGUGGGUAAUUAUUUUCUCACAAAUCCAUGAUCUAUUGUUUGCCACAAAAGUAUUGCUCAGUGGUCUGUCUUGGGGACAGCAGCAAGAGUUACAUCAGUGGUCAGGUGCACCCUUUGGCAGAACUCCCAAAUGUGAGCUCAUUGCGACUCCUAAUAUUCUGCGGCUCAUCGCUGGUUGACAGGACUUGGGACAAAAAUACUGAAAUAAGGUAAGCUCCUCAUCCACAGAAAUCAGAGGCACACUGUGGCUGACCCCCACCAGCCAGCAUUUCAUUGAUGUGUGGCAGAUGAGAAGUGGCCCUUUUCUUUUUUAGCUCAUCUGACAUGCUUGCAGAGCCAAAAUCUGUUGCUCAUACCAAGCUGCAGACCAGCAAUGGCAAAAGACAGAAUGAACAUUCCAAUUAAAUUAUGGUGCUAAUAGCAGGAGACACAGCUGCUGAAUAGUCUACCUAGUCACUAGGGACAUCUCUGGGUAGAUUGUUUUCCAUGCUGCCUUACUAAGCCAAAAACAUUUCAGAAAAAGAAAGCUGAAACCCACCCUAAUGGGACUCCAAAGAGCACCCAGACAUGAAGUACAGGUACUUUGGUAGUGCCUGACUGCCGAGAGCUUGCAGUAGAGGUGUUUCUAAUCAGCUUCCCUGAAGGGGAGGAGGAGCAACAGAAACAUGCCAGGCCUUAUCUUGAACUGUGUCCCUUGUGGUGCCUCAUCCUACUGGGACCAAAGCAGAGGGGAGCCGUGUUCUAGUUCCUUCAGCUUGUGCAUUGUCUGUCAGACAGGGGGAUUGUAGUUGGGCACCAGAAGCAGAUAUUUUCCUGGGGUUUGACUGCCCUUCUCAGUCUUGUGGGCAGGGUGAUGAUGCCC